GAAAAACAUGUUUGGUUGAGAUGCAUCAAUGGUAAUGCACGUAAAACAUACCCACAGCCAGGGGCGUAUAACCAGGGGCGGACUGACAACUCAUGGGGCCCCCGGGCAAUAGGAGAUCAUGGGGCCCCUGUGUCCUUGCCCAAACUCAAAAAAGCCUAUGAAAAAGGUACCAGGGGCGUCUCAAGGGGCCCCCUACUGGCCCCGGGCCCUCGGGCAGGGCCUGAGUUUCCAAAUGGUCGGUCCGCCCCUAGGUAUAACUGUUAUGUCUAGCUAAAUGACUGUUUGC